CAAAAACAGGUGGUAAAAUCCAAACCUUACGGCCAGAUUUUAAGUGUAUCGAACUUACUUACAACGAAUCAUUAACUUUCAAGUCCUUGUUUUGUAAUAAAAAUGAGUAAUAAGCGCCGAUUUGUACGUCAUGUCAAUUUUAGAUGCCAGAUAAGACCUGGUGUUUUUGUUGGACUCUGCAUUAAUAUUUUUUAUUUGCAAGUCGUCAGCAAUUGAAUUGUGUAAGCUUCACUUAAGAAAGAGUACUGAGGUCUCAAAAUGCAAUUUGAGUUUGAAUUUGUUGUAAUGGUUUUAUGAUAUUGAAAGCCAAUAGAUAUUUUUAUUCAAGUUUUGUGGUCAAACAUAUUGCUUUUCUUAAUACCAGUGAACUAAAAAUGUUCUCCCACAGUUUUUCAUCAAACGAUAUUUCCAACAUAGAUCACAAUCACACAUCGACUAGUCGACCAGUCUCGACUGCAGGACUCGAUUCGACCUUGCUAAACGCGACUCGAAUGUCAAAACAACUAAAACAAAUCAAGCAACUUCUGAGCAAAACCCGAGCCGGUAUUCGAAGAGAGAAUCCGAGUUUGACAACGUCGAGGGAACUUGUCGGGUUCUGUGAGGAGUUCGCCCAGGAGUUCUUGAGAUGUCUAAGCGUGCUUGAGCCGUUUUUGGAGGUUACUAGAGAUAUUUUCGAAGUUGUUCACUCCAUUUUGAAAGAAUACGAGUCAUCAUCUUCAGUAAAUGAUGAUUGCAAAACGCAGUUGUCGGACAUCGCCACCGAAAUCUCAGACACUGAUCCGAAGUCCAUGUCAAUCACCCGGCUGCUCAAACAGGCAUCAAAAAGUACAAGUGACGCAAAUGACAAAAUCCGCGCAAUAACUCCCGAAAUAUCUGCUGUUUUCGAUUUGAAGGCGAACAAAUUAGAUGGCGACACGAUCCUCGAACUUACGAAUGAGUGUCGUGACAACGCGAAGAUCCUCGCGAGACGAGCAUCAGGCAUGGACACUUUAAGAGCAGAUUGUCAGCACGUGAGAGAAGAGGCGAAGGAGAGGCUGGACAACUAUCCCUGGAGAAAGUAUUCGGAUGCACAGGACAAAAUACGAGAGGCGGAGAAGAAAAUCCGCAGUUUAGAGUCGGCUACCGACAGAGCAGCUGAGAAACGUGACUACGCGCUUACUGUGAAACAACGUCUGGAGAUUGCAAACAGCGCUUUGAGACGAGCUCCUCGGAACGAGCGAGAACAGUUCUACCAGUCAGCCGAGAAAGAACUGCGAAAAGGCCAGCAGAUUCUGUGUGAUAUUGAGAAUGAAGAAAAGAAAAUAGCUGCUAAUUUGGAUAUGGUCAAAGAAGCCACUGAUAGGUUGGAAGAGUUCAACCCCACAACACACUGGGAAGUCAUCAGGGUUCCCGUGAGAUUAAAUACUACCCUUCUAUGCCUGCUAAAAGGACCUCCCCAAAUAAUCAAACGAGUCAAAGUAUCCUGCCUCAAGAAGAACUUCCUCGCUGAAAAGUUUCUGGAACCUGGAGAACAGCUGAUGAGCAACGUGAUCGAACUCACAAACGUGCAGAUCUAUGACCCGCAGUGGCCUUUAGUGGUUUGUAUUCCACAGAAAAGAAAAAUAACCAAUCAGCAGCUGACUGCUGUCAAGUGUUCGACUGAUACGAAAGCGUCCAGUUCCUGGAGUUGCAUGCGCCCAAUGGAAGUGAAUAUAAAGUCAGGCAGCUACCCGAAAAUGAAUGUCAGAGAGUUUUAUUUCGCGGAAGUGAAGAUGACCUCUUUCUGCACUCUGGCGAUUAUAGAGAAAACAAAGGUCACCCCCCUGGCGACCGCCCUCUUUUGAGCACAAUUGCACCCGCUCCUCUGAAUCUACAACAAAACAGG